AUGGUCGAUUGGCAUGGCUUAACAGAGAGCUCCAAAGUUUGGGUACUAUCAUGGAUCAAAUCCCUCGUUGCUUUCGCGACGAUUACGAUACCGACAUGGAUAUAUGCCGUCUUGUCUUAUUCUAUGACGCUCACUCUAAACUUCUGGUCGUUUGCAAUAAUGUUCAUUCUAUCUGCCGUGGCAUUGAACUACUGGAUCAGAUUUCGCUACCUCAACACCUACACACAUUUGAAGGAGCCGCCGCUCCAGAAAGCCGAUGCUCAAGAACUGAAUCCUGACGUUAAUGUACCUGAACAAACGCCAGCGUUUCAUAACUAUCUGGACGAAUUCUUGCAAGCAAUCCGAAUAUUUGGUUUCUUAGAGAAGCCGGUUUUUCACGAACUUGCAAGACAUCUCCAGACCAGAAGACUCAUUGCGGGGGACUCUUUAUCUCUAGACCAAGACAAGAGUUUUUAUUGUGUCAUUGAUGGAAACGUUCAAGUGUUCGCCCGCACAGGACUGCCGCCUCAGCAGCACGAAAGCGGCGUUUGGGAUGGAGAUAGCAUGAAUGGAUAUCAACUACUAAACCAAGUUGGUUCCGGUGGAACUCUCUCAAGCCUCUUCACUAUACUUAGCCUCUUCACUGAAAAUGUGAAAAUGAGUUGGCAAGACAGCGAUUCGAUCGACGACGACGUUCAAUCUGUCGACAUUCCGCUACACCUAGCAGGCUCACCCAUUCAGACACGUCCUCGACGGUCUAAUUCAGAUGUGUCACAUCUUGACCUCACGUCUCCGCGGUCGAGCGCUCGCAGGCCGUCCGUGUCUUCCUCUGGGUCUACUGUCCAUCCUGUGGAUACACAUCCUCACAGUGGACGAUCUGGAUCAUUGAAUGAGCGAAUGUUUAGAGCGCAAUCGUCCUCCACUCCCUCCGAACGACCGGCUCCCAAUGUCGUGACGGACCAAGAGGGUCAUUAUAGUGUCGUUGCUCGCGCAACAGAAGACAGCAGCUUAGCUGUUAUUCCAGCUGAAGCAUUUCGCAGGCUCACGAAGAAGUUCCCGAAAGCCACUGCUCACAUUGUCCAAGUGAUUUUGACUCGUUUUUCCCGAGUGACAUUCAACGCCGCACACAAUUAUCUCGGGUUGACUACUGAGGUUCUGCGGACCGAAAAGGCAAUUAAUGAUAUCGCUUGUCAUCCGCUUCCGCCAGCAUUUUACGAAAGUGGUCUCAAGCAACUUCGACAGCGUUUUGACAGCGUCUCCCUUCAAGAUGACUCUGACACGGACAGCGAUUACUUUGCAGAGUCUGUACCCUCUCAGAGCGCAUCUUCGGUGUUGGGCAAGGACGCCAAAGGCAGAUUGACAGAUAGCCCCACUGUCUCAUACAGUUCCCCGAUCACCCCAUUUCGAGGCCAAACCCCUCGUCAAACCGUACAAGCUGGUGAUCUACACACAUCCACAGGCCAUUCGGCUGACCUAGCAAGACCUAUCAUACGAUCUUUUAGCACUAUAUAUGGAUCUCGUGAGUCGCUUCACAAGCGGGAAAUCUUGAUCGCACCCCGCGAGGAGCGCAGCCGUCGUGCAAGGUCGUUGUCUACAGAUGAAUUUGACCUCAGAGAUGAAGUCAUGUCUUGCAUAGCUAAAUCCAUUGGCCUCAUCCAGCCCCCUAUUAGCGGAGAAGAUUCUGUUGAGGCAUCACCGGCGUUCCCACCAAGCGACUCUCGGGGUGUUUUCAAAUCAUCUUUUGGGUCUCUAUCUCUCUUGGACAUUGGCGAUGAUGCGGCAUCGAGCGCGACUGGUGCUUCCUCGACUGUCGGCGACGGAUACUUGAGUGGUCUCGACAAUGAGGUUGAGAUCCUAUUCUUCCCGGCUGGCUCUGUUCUGGCAAGGGCGGGUGAUAGAAACACAGGUCUGUUCUACGUCAUUGAGGGUUUUCUGGAUAUACUCCUUCCUGCAGGUAAACAUUCUGAUACUGAGGGGAAGAGUAAGAUGACCUCCGCUGGCAGUGAUGGACGACCGGUCCGGCGUCAAGGUAGUGAAAUCUUUACAACAGAUCACUCCACGGCUCCCGAGAACAGUGGAUCCAAGCUUUAUUCGGCUCGCGACCCGAGAGACUAUGCACAGAAGCCGCUGUUUACUGUCAGACCUGGAGGUAUAGCAGGCUAUCUCUCCUCCCUUUGUCAGAUUGCUUCAUAUGUUGACAUAGUAGCUAAAACAGACACAUAUGUCGGUUUCCUUCCGUCAACUGCUUUGGACCGCUUAUUGGAAAAACGUCCUAUUGUCUUGCUGACGUUAGCAAAACGACUCAUCUCGCUGUUAUCGCCCAUAGGCAAGUACGCUAUGCUCCAUAUCGAUGGUUCCUUAGAUUGGGUGCAAGUCAAUGCUGGCCAGAUUCUAUGGCGACCUGAUGACGCCAGUGACAGUUUCUACAUUGUCAUAAACGGUCGUCUGCGUGCAAUUACUGACAAAGCAAACGGCGGCAUAAGCAUUCUCGGGGAAUACGGUCAAGGGGAUACUGUAGGAGAGCUGGAUGUCAUCGCCGAUUCCCCUCGGAGAAGUACACUGCAUGCUAUUCGUGAUACCGAAUUGAUCAGGAUGCCACGAACGUUAUUUAAUGCGAUAUCGUCUCGAAAUCCGCUAACGACCGCCCGGAUUUUGGAGAUGAUCGCGUCUCGCGUGAGGAACGAAUUUGAUUCAACAAAUAGAGGCAUCCCUUCAGAGUUAUCUCGCAGCAAUGUGAAUCUGAAGACGGUAGCAAUCCUUCCUGUGUCACGCAAUAUUCCUGUGGACGCUUUCGCUCGUAAAUUACACGCAGCUCUUGAAGGCAUAGGGGCACCAACAUCUUUUCUCAACCAGUCAUCGGUAUCAGAUCACCUAGGGCGCCAUGCAUUCACAAGGAUGGGUAAACUGAAAGCAGCGGGAUGGCUCGCAGAACAGGAACAAAGAUACCGAUUGGUGUUAUAUGUUGCAGACUCGGCAGUCAGCAGCUCAUGGACUCAAACUUGCAUUCGACAGGCUGAUUGCGUCAUGGUGGUCGGAAUGGGAGAUGACCCAAGUAUUGGGGAAUAUGAGAGACUUCUACUGUCUCUUAAAACGACAGCGAGGAAGGAGCUUGUCCUCCUUCACUCAGACCGUUCUGUUAUUCCGGGAUCUACCCGACAAUGGCUCAAGGCAUGUCGACACGCACUGUUGUUUUUGACAUUGUUCUUAUCUUACUUUAGAUUCGGCCUUGGGUCCAACAACAUAUCCACGUUGAGCUACCUCUUGAAGGACAUUAUCUCCUCGAUUCCACGCGCGACAGCGGUCCAUCAAGACCCGGCUGCAGUCACUGCUCUCAGAAACCUGAGGAACUUAGUACAAAGCGAGCUCAAGAAAUACCGCGGGGGAGCCUCGAGUCCCCGGCCUCAGCGAGGCCAAAAUGCAAGCGACUUCGCUCGGUUGGCACGACGACUAUGCGGGAAGUCCAUUGGCGUAGUACUUGGGGGAGGAGGUGCGAGGGGUAUCUCACAUCUGGGAGUAUUGCGUGCUCUGGAGGAAUACGGAAUCCCGAUAGAUAUCGUUGGCGGAACCAGUAUGGGUGCAUUCGUUGGCGGCCUGUAUGCCCGGGAGGGAGACAUCAUUUCGAGUGCUGGUCGAACUAAGCAAUUCAGCGCGAGAAUGGGCAACUUCUGGAGGUUACUGUCGGAUGUCACCUACCCCAUAGUGGCCUACACGACAGGACACGAGUUCAAUCGAGCAAUAUACAAGGCUUUCUAUGAUCUUCAUAUUGAGGAUAUGUGGCUCCCAUUCUUCUGCAAUUCCACUAACAUCAAUACGUCUCGUAUGGAAAUCCAUGAGACAGGUUUCGCUUGGCGAUACAUCCGUGCGUCGAUGACACUGGUGGGUUUACUCCCUCCAUUAUGUGAUAAUGGAAAUAUGCUUGUGGAUGGUGGAUAUAUUGAUAAUCUUCCUGUGUCCACUAUGAUGGGGAUGGGAGCGAGCGCAGUCAUUGCGUCUGAUGUCGGUUCGGCAAGUCGAUAUCGUCCUGUUAUUGUGUCAAGCGUGAAGACAUUAGAAGAGGCGAAAGUCGCCCCAGGCUGCCUGUACAUGGGUAUGCCUGUGCAAGAGUUUGGUACAUUGCAAAUGGGGAAGUAUGAAGAAAUUCAGAAGAAGGGGUUUCAGGCCGCCAUGGACUUUCUGUCGAAAUGGGAUGAAGAAGGACGUUUGCCUUCUGCGUAUGUUGGAGAUACCCAGACCUCCAGUACAGCCAAGACCAGAGGCAAGCCUGCUCGUCGCAAUUCUAUAUAG